AUGGCUCGACAACGACGGAAUCACCGGUCGAACGGAGAGCAACGAGAGUCCGGCUUUGGGUCUGAUCAGAUCGAAAAAGGAGAUUCUCCACGAGAACAUGCAAAAGCAAGUGAGAAGAGCGCAAUGACGAUAUCGCAGAAGUGGCUGGUGCUGGCGGUUGCCAGCGGGGCUUUUGCUGCUUUGAAUGGGGUUUUUGCAAAGUUGACGACGGCCCAGCUCACAGCCAAUAUAUCCCAAGGAAUAUCACAUUCCCUGUCCCUCUCAACAUCAGUGGCUGUUGCCGUGGAGUAUAUCGUUCGAGCCUUCUUCUUCGGCUUGAACAUCCUCUCAAAUAUCACCAUGUGGGCCUUGUUCACGCGCGCUUUGACUGCCGCCAGCUCCUCCACGCAAGUCACUAUCACGAACACCACGGCAAACUUCCUCGCCACUGCGCUGUUGGGCAUGGUGGUAUUCCAGGAACGUGUCGCGCCGCAGUGGUGGCUCGGUGCGACGAUCAUGGCGGCUGGCUCCAUCAUCGUGGGCUUAAGGGAUGAGGGUAAGGUCGAAGAUAGUACCGAUGAGCGGAGGGGAGACGGAGAUGGAAGGACGGCGGAUUUGAUUGAGUUCCAGGACGAGAGGGCUUUGACGCAGGAGCGAGAUUAA